AAUUUGAACGUUUUCACUUUGAAGGUCGUUGCGUAACUCCAGUGAAAUCAGUUUUCAAAGACAUGCCUCGAGGUCGCAGUGUUAAACGAGGCUUCCGCCCAUCUCAUGCGUCGGUCCAAACAAUGCUUGUUCCAAGCCAUGCUGAAUGUGCUGCCACAAAUAAAGAUGAAGAGAUGAACGAACUUGAAGAAACCAAAGGAUCAAAAUUGAAUCUACCUAAAUCUAGCCCCAGCAAAAAGUCAGAUGAAUGUGGAGUAGAGGUUUAUGAAGACGAUGACGAGCUUGAAGAUUCUGAGUUCGAAAACAAUACCACCGGGAGGCGUCUGGUCGAGGGUGAUAUCGAUGUGGAUGAUGCUGAAAGUGAAAGUGCAGGGGAUGAACCUGUUGAAGAAGAACCUGAAGAUACUCUGACGCCUGCUGAGAAAGCCUCGCAAAUUUGUCGCCUUCCUGCAAAAGAACUUUGUACAGAAGAAACUCAACUGUUCCCUUUUUUAGAAAGUUCUUCAAAUUCUUUAAAGGAGUCAUAUAUUGCUGUCCGAAACCUUGCCUGUUUAAUGUGGUCAGAAGACUCGUGUACACAGGUUACGCCCAAUAGGCUGUUCAUAUACGUGAUGAAUAAUAUGUCAGUCGAGAAUCUACGGGUGAUGAUCGAUUCUGGUUUGACUGCUCCUUUACCAGUACACCAAGGAUCCAACUCGUCUGCUUCUUCUGUUUGUGAGGAAAAUACUUCUGGUGUCGGUCGUGUCAGACAUAACAAAGAGCUUUCUCGAUCUCUUCAACGCCAUCUAACAAGUUUAACUCUUCCAAGUAAUUACUCACCCUGGGGUACGCCUACUGCAAGAGCAAAUUUGGAACGGAUGACUUAUUUAGUUGUUUUGUUCUUGGAAAGAUAUGGAUAUAUCAACUUUGGCAUAUUUAAAAUAAUAUCUCCACCCUUAACACAUGUGAGUUCAUCUCGUACUGCUGAUCCUGCUACCACUGCAACUUUUCUAGGAUCGCCUAUGGAAAUAUUAGACAAAUCAGAUGUCCAACUAACACCCAGAAGAGCUGCAGCUGAGAAAGCUCUAGCAGCAACGCGUCGUGCUAGCAAUUCUCCUUCUGCCAGUGCAUUACCAGUUAGUUCAUCAUCUACGUCACUGACAACUCCUCAUUUUAUUAUAAUUGGUGCUGGUAUUUCUGGCCUAAUUGCAGCAAGACAACUGACUUAUUUUGGUGCCAAAGUUACUAUUUUAGAAUCUCGUGAUCGUGUUGGAGGUCGAAUAUGGACUUGUAGAAAAGGUGGAUAUCAAGCUGAACUUGGGGCCAUGGUUGUCACAGGUUUAUCUGCAAAUCCUGUAGCUAUAUUGGUACGUCAAUUAUCAUUAAAUUUGCUUCCAAUCAAUACCGAUUGCUCGCUAUAUGACUCACAAGGUCAUUUAAUAAACCGUGAUCUUGAUGAACAAAUUGAAGAAGAAUUCAAUCGUCUUCUAGGCACAGCUGCUUAUGUAUGCCAUUCUAAAGGGUUAGAUUCAUUAGUUCUUGAUUCGGGUGUUGAAAUUCCUUUAUCAUUAGGUCAAGUUAUUGAAUUGUUAAUUAAAUAUCAAGAAAGGCAUAAAAUACAGUUGAAAAUAACACAUCGUAAAUUGAUCUCACAAUUAUUAGAUCGUAAAAAUUCUCUAUUAGAUCAGAUGGUUAUUGAACGUAAAAAUAUUGAAGCAGCUUAUGAAAAGUGGAAUUCAGCAUCAAAAGCAUUAAAUAAUCAAUCGUCACCAAUCCAUCACUAUACUCAACAGUCUAAAACACAAAAUCCUACACAAAAUAAAUCUCGUGUACGCAACGAUUCAUCAUCAUGUUCACCUCGUUCCAGUAGUACUGAACUAGAUGGAAAACUAGUCAUUGAAUCAGCUUCAUUAAAUGGAUCACAAAAAUCAGCUGAUAACAAUCCGAUAAGAUUAUCCUACGCUACUGAUCUAUCUCAACGUCCUUCGUUACCAGUAUUUAAUGUUAGCGCUCAAUUCGAAGUUCGCCAGUUACUUAGUCAUUUACAUGAAGCUUGGAAGAAAUUUCAACCACUUCAAAUUGCCCUAUCUCAAGUCAAUAAGCAAUUAGAUAUAUUACUUCAAGAACCACCGAAAGAUAUGUAUUUAACCAAAGAAGAACGUUCUAUACUUGAUUGGCAUUUAGCUAAUUUGGAAUUUGCCAAUGCCACAGAAUUGCAUAAUUUAUCAUUACGUCAUUGGGAUCAAGAUGAUUUGUUUGAAUUAAGCGGUGAUCAUUGCGUAUUACAAGACGGUUACGGAUCAGUAACUGAUAAUUUAGCACAUUUUAUUACAUCCGGUCAGUCAUUAACAGUUGGAUUAAAACCUCGUGAUAAUCAUCUUACAUCUGUAAUAACAACAACAUCGUCAUCAAAUUCAUCCACUUAUAAACUUGGACCUGGUCAUAUUGAAUUGAAAAGUACAGUUAAACGUAUUUCUUACUCUAAUACAGGUGUUCAAGUGGAUGUCCUUAAUUCGGCAUUUAGUCAAGAUGAUUUAAUUGAAUAUGAAGCAGAUGCUUUAAUUUGUACUCUACCAUUAGGUAUCUUAAAAGAAAUUAUCCAACAAGAUAAUGAAACAACCAUGCAUCAAUCACAAAUUACAGCAAAUGAAUCAUCUAACAAUUGUCUUACAAAAUUAGUUGUACCACGUUUUGAGCCACGUUUGCCUGAUUGGAAAAUUUCAGCUAUUCAGCGUUUAGGAUUUGGUGUAUUGAAUAAGGUUGUACUUAUAUUUGAGAAGAGUUUUUGGGAUCGUUCACACAAUCUAUUUGGACAUGUGAAUGAAUCAACAAAUUCGCGUGGUGAAUUAUUUUUAUUCUGGUCAAUUACUGAUAAGCCUGUAUUGAUAGCAUUAAUUGCUGGUCGUGCUGCAUGUGAUCUAGAAAAUGAGAAAACUUCACCUACACGACGUCUAUCACCAGGAUCUAAAGGUCAGAACUCAUUAGUCAAUAAUUCUGCCACAUCAACAUCUCAUCUAUUAGGUCGUGGACUUAAAGAACCUAUUAUUAUACGAGCUAUGCAAGUUCUUCGUGGUAUUUUCAGCCAAGAAGGUAGUACUAAUAGUGUUAGUAACAAUAAUAAUAACAGUAACAUUAGUAAUUGUAAUGGUGGAAUGCAUAGUAAUCAAGAAAAGAAGAAACUUAUCAUACCAAAUAUUAAAUAUGUGGAUGUGUUUUGUUCAAAACAUUCGACUGUUAUAUCAAAAUUUCGGACAACUGUCAUAGGUAAUGAUACAAAGAAGCUAGUCGUAGAACCUUGCGUUCAGACUACCUUUGGUGUGAUUAGAAAUGAGUUCAUACAAAAUUAUUGUCAAUUUUAACACAGUUUUAUUAAUGCCAGAAGUGUUGUGUUAUCAUAAAAAGAAAUAAAUUUUAUCUUGCUCUGGAAGUCUGUGAUUUCCAGUUAUAAUGAAUACAAUAUUAAGAAAUUAUUUCUUAUUCUAGUACGGAAUCACUCAUUCAACUGUAUUCAUUGUAUAUCAUAACUACAUUUCUUGCAUCAUUUUGGCUGUUUUGUAUAUCCUUGUCAAAAAACAAUGAUCGCUUAUUGAUUUUUUAAUCAUUUGGUGUUAAUCCAACCGGAUUAGAUAUAUUUUCUUAAGUAAUAAUUCAACAGACGGGACAGUCUUAUACGACAGAUUUCUGCACACCACUUCUUUGUUUUGAAUCAACCUACUACAAUUAAAUUGUUACCAUAUUUAAUUAUAUAUUCUAGCCAAUUGAUGCAUAUGUCACGCGAUGGAGAACUGAUCCAUAUUCACGUGGAUCUUACUCAUAUGUUGCUGUUGGAGCCACAGGUGCUGAUUAUGAUAUUCUUGGUGAACCAGUUUAUUACUCUAGUAGUUCCAGUGAUGAAAAACAAACAACAAAUCAUGCAUCUGAACAAUCUCAUGGAAUUUAUGAUAUUUCUAUGCCAACUAAUAAUCCUCGUAUAUUUUUUGCUGGUGAACAUACUUGCCGUUGUUAUCCAGCUACUGUGCACGGUGCAUUUUUAAGUGGUCUACGUGAAGCAGCUCGUGUAGCUAAUCAUUACUUUCCAGGUCAAACACCUGUACGUGCGUCAGGAUUUAAAUUAAAUACUUCACAAUCGACAAAUCUACACUUCUAAAUCAUUCCAUUGUUUAUUUAUUUCCCUUUCUCUAGUUUUGUCAGUGUCUUCUCGGAAAAAGCUGUAUUUUCCCCUAUACUUGUACUUUUUCGACUGACUGUAGAUUAACUAUCCCAUAAAUAAUUAUUUUCUACCUACUAGGUUUUAUCCAUCUUUAUAUUUAUGUGUAUUCAUCCUUAUGGAAUAUAUUUUUUCCUGUAAAAUAUAUUGAUAUACUACAUUUGUGUGCAAUCGUGUCAUAUUUUGCAGUUUAUGUGUUGAUAUAUUUGCCUAACCUCUAUUCGUUUUGCGCAUUACGUAUGUUUGUAUGGAUCGAGUUUAGUUGUUUUGUAUUAUACGUGAAGUUUUGUCGUUUAUUAUUAUUAUUACUCUCUGAAUAUUUCUUGAUUUCUUUUAUUAUGACUAAUGCAUUCAUUACCCUGUUUUCAUUUUGUAAACAAACUUGAGAAAUUGUGAAAUGCGAUAAAUGACAAAUGCUUGUUAUUCAGUGUUGUGUACAGUAUUGUGUUGUCAAACUUACCACUGGUUUGUAAAAAGUUAUAUGCAGCCAUGCUGAUAAUGAGUUGAAGCUUUAUAUAUAUUUGCAUUAUUUAAUUGAUAAAUCAACGAACUCUUAGGGCUACUUAUUUUGUAUUGCAUAAUGAUGUUAUGCGAAGUAGUUUUGUCUUCACUUUAACACUAACCCUUUCUUUUUACUAUGGAUUAUCAGCAUGUAGUUUUUUUAAAUAUUUUUGUUCUCUGGCUUAAACUAUUAUCGUUAUUGCACUAAGAUUCGGUAGAUAUCAGGUGUUUCAAUAGUAGACCCUAGAUCAAAAACUCGCUACAUCUAUAUCAAUUUAGAUAACCAUGUUUCAUCACUGGUCCUCACAAAGAAAAUGUGGC